AUGGCUCUGCGACCGCCUGGUGAGGUCGGGCCCCAGGACAAGGUGUGCUACCCGCCGGAGAGGUUUCAGAGCAACCCCCAGCACCUGGCCGCCUGCUACACGCCUUUCCUGCCCUAUGGCCACUACGGGAACACCCUUACCACGGCCCAGGAGGACUACCAAUCUCUCCGGCAGCUGGACUCUGCAGUGUCGGAGUCCCAGGCCAUACUCCCCUUUGCCUUCGGAACGGCAGCUCCGUUGCUGAGCCCGAGCCUGGCCCUACAGACGGAGCCGCUCUAUGAUCUGCCCAGAUAUAGCAAGCUGCCACCGUGGUACCCAAUUCCCCACCUCCCCAGGGAAGUGCCACACUUCCUGAAUAGCGAGUAUACAGGAGCCAGCAGUGACGACUUCGGCCACAUUGGUGGCCAGAGCAACAGUGGCCAGUGUUUUGGACCUGAAACUUUAAUCCCGCGGCCCCCUGUGGAUGCUUCCCUGCAACCUGAAGGUCUGAAGACCUCCCAGUUACCUUGUGUCCCCAGCAAGGGGUCUGAGGAUGUCUCAAACGCCCUGAACCCAGACGAGAAUUCGCCUCAUUACCACUUCACCGCGGAGGACCUGCACUUUGUUCUGUAUGGAGUCAUUCCCAGCUUGGAGCAUCCAGUCAGCCUGCAUCAUGCGAUUUCUGGCUUUCUGGUCCCCACGGGCAGCUCUGGUUCCAAUUCUCUUCCUCAAAAUCUGGAUAAGGAUGCCCUUCAACUACCAGAAGGUCUCUGCCUUCUGCGGACGACAUUUGGUGGAGUCCCACAUUUUGGCGUGUUCUGUAGCACCCUCAUUGCCAAAGGAGUCAGGUUUGGGCCCUUUCAAGGUAAAGUGAUCAAUGCCAGUGAAGUGAAGACCUACGGAGACAAUUCACUCAUGUGGGAGAUCUUUAAGGGCGGUCAGUUGAGCCACUUUGUAGAUGGAAAAGGAGGUGCAGGCAACUGGAUGUCCUACGUCAACUGUGCCCGUUUCCCCAAGGAACAGAACCUGGUUGCGGUGCAGUGUAAAGGGCAGAUAUUUUACGAGAGCUGCAAGGAGAUCUAUCAGAACCAGGAGCUCCUUGUGUGGUAUGGAGACUGCUAUGAGAAGUUUUUGGACAUUCCCGUGAGCCUUCGGUUCACAGACCAGGGCAAGCAAUUACCUGGACCCUCUGAAGAGUCUGCGGAAGGUUACAGAUGUGAACGGUGUGGGAAAGUUUUUACCUACAGAUAUUACAGAGAUAAGCACCUCAAGUACACCUCCUGUGUGGACAAGGGUGAUAGGAAGUUUCCCUGUUCUCUCUGCAAGCGGUCCUUUGAGAAACGAGACCGCCUCCGCAUCCACAUCCUUCACGUACAUGAGAAGCACCGGCCUCACAAGUGUUCUACGUGUGGGAAAUGUUUCUCUCAGUCUUCCAGCCUAAACAAACACAUGAGAAUCCACUCUGGAGACAGACCGUACCAGUGUGUGUAUUGUACAAAGAAGUUCACUGCCUCCAGCAUUCUCCGCACACAUAUUAGGCAGCACUCUGGGGAGAAGCCCUUCAAGUGCAAGUAUUGUGGUAAAUCUUUUGCAUCCCAUGCUGCCCAUGACAGCCAUGUCCGACGCUCACACAAGAAUGACGACGAUGGCUUCUCUGUGUCUGUGGGAAAACCUUCUCAGAUCAAGAAGCGCUCUACUCUCACAUGA